AUGGAAGAAUUGAAAACUGAGGUUGCCUUCCUGUCUGGACACCUCUUUCGAGCAGAUUGGCAGCAUCUCCAAUUCAAGCAAAUUAAAGAUGUAGUUCCAUUUCCAGCUGACACCAUCUGCAUGGUAAUGGACUUCGCAGAAAAUUUUACCUGCAUGUAUCAACAGGAAGUGCAGGCGGCCCACUGGCACCAUGAGCUCGUGACAGUGCACCCUACCGUUACAUACUACAGAUGUCCAGUCUGCCAAGAUACAACAACCGAGUCCCUGGUCUUUAUCAGCAGUGAUAAAAAACAUGACUACCAUGCCGUCCAGUGCUUCACAAUUAAAGCCCUACAACACCUCAGGGAGAAACGAGGCCUGACCGUCGGUCACAUCGUUCAGUGGACAGAUGGCUGUGGUUCACAGUACAAGAGUCGAGGCCCAUUCUCCGACAUCUCCAGAGCCGUGGUUGACCUUGAUGCCACUCUAGAGCGCCACUUCUUUGGAUCAAGACACGGGAAAGGCCCCUCGGAUGGGGAGAGUGCUGUGGUCAAGCACCAUGCUGCCUCUGCUGUUGCCGCUGGCAGUGUCAUUAUAGCUUCAGCUGAAGACCUCUUCAGUUACUGUUCAAAUUCAGCCCUCAAUAAACAACCCCCGAGUGAAGGGUGCAUCCACUUCUUGCGCUCCUUCUUUUGGGUUGGGGAAAGAGAUGUCAAAAGAGACCGAAUGGACAGGGAUGUGAAGACAGUUCCUGGAACACGCUCCUUCCACUCCGUUAAGUCUGUUGAAAAGAACAUAAUCCUGACAAGGGAGCUGACUUGUUGUUGCCUAGCAUGCCAGACUGGUGAUAGGGACUGCAUUUCCACAGCAACAGUUGGACCCUGGUCAUCCCAUGUCCUGCGACCGGAUAGCCACCAGCAGCCUACUCAACCUGCUGAUGCUGAUGAUGUUCAGUCUUCGGGUCCAUCUGCAGUAACUGAAGUACAGUUUUCACGGUUGAGUUCUUCAGUGGGUGAUGAUGUGCAACUUGCGACUGCUGCUAUUCCUUCUCUUGAUACAAUUGAAAAGGACCAGGCUUCCAGUGAAGUUCCCCAAGAUGCUUCUGCAGGCAGUAUGGCAGCUGGGUGA